CCUGCUUCAGUUUCCACAACCGGUUUCGCGUGUCCGGUGCCAAGUGGAGUUGAUGCGCCGCUCCUGCUUUUUAGUCGCAACCAGCUCUCCCCUGAUACGAGAGGUUCCUUCCCUUUUCUUUCGAUCACCUCCCAAACGCCGUCCUCGUCCUUUCUUAUACUUCUCGAUCGAGGGUGCUCGAUUUCUAGCCGCUCGCUGUGCAUCUUUCCAUUUUCUGACACUCUUUGACCAGGAUCUUUUAAGAUUUAUUUUUCCCCCCUUCACUUUUCAGCGCAUUCACCGCACAUCCAAGCGUGUCUCGAAGUAUCGACAGCGACAAAAUCUUAGGACGCCGCCAAAAUGCGCGUCACGCCGGUGACUCUCGCCUCAGCCUCGCUCCUUUUGGGGCAGGCGUCGGCAUCUCUUCCGCCCAUCGUAAUGAAGGGCUCUAAGUUCUUCUUCGAAAACGGGACGCAGUUCUUCAUGCGGGGUGUCGCUUACCAACAGGACAGCGCUGCUGCGGGCGCCUCGACUGGCAGCACCAAGUAUAGCGACCCUCUUGCCAACGAGGCCGCUUGCAAGCGCGAUGUUCCCCUUCUGAAGGAGCUGAGGACCAACACGAUCCGCACAUACGCCAUCGACCCCACUGCCAACCACGACGCCUGCAUGAAGCUGCUUGAUGAUGCUGGCAUCUACGUCGUCAGCGACUUGAGCGAACCGUCGCUCAGCAUCAACCGCGAUGAUCCCAAGUGGAACGUGGAGCUGUACGAGCGCUACACGUCUGUGGUGGACGCUCUCAGCAACUACACCAACGUGAUUGGCUUCUUCGCGGGCAACGAGGUCACCAAUAACAGGACAAACACUGAAGCCUCUGCCUAUGUCAAGGCCGCCGUGCGCGAUACCAAGGCCUACAUCAAGGCCAACACAAACCGCUGGUUGGGUGUCGGCUAUGCUGCCAACGAUGAUCCAGAUAUCCGCGGCGACAUCGCCCACUACUUCAACUGCGGCAACGAGACCGAGGCCAUCGACUUCUGGGGCUACAACAUCUACUCGUGGUGCGGCGAAAGCAACAUGGAGGACUCCGGCUACACCAAGCAGGUCGAAUUCUUCAAGAAUUACUCUGUGCCCGUCUUCUUCGCCGAGUAUGGCUGCAACCUUCCCAAUGGCGCCAAGGGCCGUAUUUGGGAGGAGACUACUGCCCUCUACUCUGACGAAAUGACCGAUGUGAUUUCCGGUGGCAUUGUCUACAUGUACCACCAGGAAGAAAACGACUACGGCCUCGUCAGCAUCUCCGGUUCUUCCGCAUCGAAGUUGAAGGACUUUGACACCCUGAAGACUAAGAUGGCCUCCGUCAACCCCACCGGCACCUCAAUGAGCGCCUACUCCCCAACUAACUCGCCGGCCGCCUGCCCCGAGCUUGCUUCCACCUGGCAGGUCAAGGGCGGGGCGCUUCCCCCGACCCCAGACUCCUCCCUUUGCGACUGCAUGUUCAACUCUCUGUCGUGUGUUCCGGCCGAUGAUCUCGACCCCGAGAAUUACGGCGAAAUAUUCGACUACAUCUGCGGCAGCUCCAAGAAAUCGUGCGCCGGUAUCAACGGCAACACCACCAGCGGCGUGUACGGUGCUUACGCGAUGUGCAACCCGAAGCAGCAGCUGGGCUAUGUCUUGGAUCAGUACUACAAGGCUCAGAACAAGGCCAAGGACGCCUGCGAUUUCGAUUCGAAGGCGACCCUCAAGAGCGGCUCCACUGCUGCCGCCUGCAGCGCUAAGCUUGCCAGCGCGAGCUCCGCCAACAGCCUUGCCGCGACGGCCACCACCGUCGGCGGCUCAGACGCCGCUGAGAGCAGCAACUUUGCUGCCCCGCGGGGUCCCGCAAGAGCCUUCUUCGCCCUGGGCGAUCUCGCGGUGGGGUUGUAUGUUGUUGUGGCCAUGGGUGUCGGUGCUGGUAUGGUGCUCUUGUAAAGGCAGGCAAAGGCAAGAGUGAUGGGGACUUUGUUGGAGAGCGUCUGUACUAGAAUUCCAUGCACCUAGAUCGUGGCUUCACGGGUUCCAUUGUUGGGUUUCAUUUCCGUUGUACUUGCGUAAUGUCACUUCUGUAUGAUACUUCUGGCUACAUGACCGCCGAUGUUGGCUGGUGUGGUAGAGGGUAUGGUUCAAACCUUCCAUUGUUAAUUGCUUUAAAAUCAGGGACUAUGGUCCAUCCCCGUGUUCCAGCCUGUGUAUAUUCGGUGCAG